AAGAGAGAGGAUGUUGCAAACUGACGAGUGCAGAGCUAGCCACAGACGAAACGCGACAGGAAUGAAGCGGCCUUUGAGCCCCGCGCCACUGGGGGAGAAUGGCCUGUUGGGGGCCGGCUCAGAACUGGGUGACGUCACGGAGCCACACCCCGCCUCCUCGGAGCAGCGAGCGAAGAGGGGGAAGAAGCAUCAGACCUACACCCUCUGUGAGGUGUGUAACAUCCAGCUGAACUCCCAGGCCCAGGCCCAGAUCCACUACAACGGCAAGUCUCACCAGAAACGACUCAAGCAGAUCAACAAGGGCAAGCCAGCCAGCAGCCAAGGUUCCCAAGUUCAGAGCAACCCCCUGCUGGCUACUCUUCCGGUCCCAGGACGGUCUCUGCAGCCCCAGCUGGACCUCAAACACUUCCUUCCCUUCCGGCUCAAUGGCUCGUCGCCUCUCAGCCUCUUCCCCAAUUUCAGCACUAUGGAUCCUGUGCAGAAGGCAGUGAUCAAUCACACUUUCGGCGUUCCGCAGCCUCUGAAGAAGAAGCAGAUCAUCUCCUGCAACAUCUGCCGUCUGAGAUUCAACUCCACGAACCAAGCGGAGGCGCACUACAAAGGCCACAAGCACACUCGGAAACUCAAAGGCAUAGAAGCACAGAAACACAAGCAGAAGAGUCUCGGGGCCGUGGUGUCAGCAGCAAGGAAGAGAGACAGGGGGUUGGACAGGGGGAGGGGGAGCACGCCCCUCUCCGCCAUCGCUGAGCCCCUGCCAGCGCUCAUGGAUACCAGCCUGCAGGAGGAGAGCGAGAGUCUACAAGCAUGCCAGGAGGAGAAGGGAGAGGAGAGCCAGGUCUCCAAGGUCUCCUCCCUGGAGCUGCCUCGCAGCAUCUCCCCUCUAGUGUCCCCAGCCUCCGAGCUGUCAGAGAGCAUUUCCGAGGGCAGCAUCACAUUCCCCAUUGAUCCCGGCUUCGAGGUGGGGGGCACAGAGACCAAACCCGGAGAGGACUCCCCCAGUGAGGGGGUGGAUAAAGAUCCCAAGAAGAUCAAGCAGCACCUCCACUGCCCCGUUUGCAAAGUGACUGUCAACUCUACAUUGCAGCUUGAGGCACACAACAGUGGGGCCAAACAUAAAUCUAUGCUGGAGGGGCAGGGCAGCCAGUCCGGGAAGAGGAUCAAAGUGCUCUUGCCUCGGGCCGCCUGCAAAACCAAACAGAUCGGCAACAAGGGCAGCGUGGGCAUCCAGAAGAAAGCCUUCCACUGCGAGGUGUGCGAGAUCUACCUCAACUCAGACACUCAGCUCAAGCAGCACAUGAAUAGCAGGAGGCACAAGGACAGGCUGGCUGGCAACCCUCCCAAGCCCAAAUACAGCCCUUACAGCAAGAGCCAGCAGAACUCAGUCUUAAGGAAUGUGAGAUGGGGCAGUUACGCCAGCGGGGCAGUGUCUGCGAUGAAGAAGGUCUUCGGCCACUGCAAUCUGACCUCACUGUCUUCUCAGGGAAAGUCAACCCCGAAUUUUCUAGACAUGUCUGGUGUGGACCCGCAUGCAGCUGUGGAUCGGGUCUGGUACCAGCUGCUCAAGCUGACCAGCCAGGGGUGCGCCAGCGGGCCACUGGACCCCCUCCACUCCAAACUGGCCCUGCAGAAGCAGCUCUGCAAGACUCUGGCGACCAGCUUCCUGCCCAACCCGCUGAGCCCUGCAACCCUGUGCACCAUGGCAGCCAACCCCCUGGCACUGCGACACCCAGCUGGCACUGCCACCCUCAUCCAGAACCCCCUCCUCGGACCAGCCUUAUUCCGACCCGCUCCUGGGCCCCUGCGAGCCGCCCACACGCCUAUCAUGUUCGCCCCCUAUUAGACCCCACCCUCCCUGGGGCAGGGGCACUGUGAUCACGGACAUACCUGGCUGUACUAGGGAGGCAACAGGAACUAUGCAGCGGUAGCUAAGAACAAGGAACAAGAAAUUGUAUAUGUUUGGAUAAUGAAUGCACAGGCUCUAAGAAUCCCAUUGCACAGAGCAAUUUCGGGGUUGAUUUGUAACGGUCUGGCAUUGCCGCCUCAUAUGGGGAUGGAUCAAAAACCUCUCCUAGUCUUUAUCUGGAGCCAUGGAAGAUGGUAUAAUUUUUUCAGUAUUUCAUGCAUGAUAGAGUUGCUGUAUUGAUACAAAGCAGUUUGAAAAUGGCACACUUUCAACUCCACAGUCAUAACAAAAUGACUUAAAAAUUGCUGUGCACUUUCCCUACUCUAUUCAGAUUCGAAAGUUGUCGAAAAUGGUUGAGAUGUAUCUCUAUGUUGUUUAAGAGUGUUUAAAUAAAGAUCUUAAGCUUUAUUAUAUAAAGCAGAGCGCAGUAAAACCUGGAGCAGCUCAGGCCGCUAUGCAAUGGGAGUCUUAGUUCCUCAUCUGGAAAUGCACACAAACAUGGGCUGUUCUGCAAUAAGAAGAAACCAGUUUUAGUGUUAGUGUUCUCCCCAAAAUAUUUAUUCCCCCAGGAAUGAAUAUUCCUUCCCCCAUAGGAACCAAUAUUUGGGAAUAUUGGUUCCCCUUCCAAAUAUUUGUAACCCCUUUUUUAUGUAACAAAGUCAUCUUUCUUUGCAUACAAGUCUAUAUCUAUGCAUUUUCAACAAAAACCUUGAUUUGAAGUCAGCUUUCCCUGACCUUAACUCUGUACCAUCCAGCCCCUCUGACAAUUCCAGUCUCACCUACAAUAAUACAUGAGAACAGCCUGCAAACACUGCUCGCAUCACUAGGAUGAGCUUGUAACUUUGUCCUUUUUUGCACAAAUUACUAUUAUUAUUAUUUUAAUUUUAUUUUUUUUAAAGAAAAACAAACGACAAAUGUGUGGAUUUUUAAAAUGUUGUUCUUGAAAUGGCAGACCCGUCAAAUCAAAAGAAAACGGCCUUCAUGAAUUUCGGGGCCUAGUAGGCCCACAAAACAAAAAUCCUGCUGCCUGCAGUGGGUCUGAGGCCUUUUUAGGACUGUGGAUGUUUUUUUUUUUGUUUUUGUUUUUUUUGUUGUCGGAGGUGGUGACCCAAAAUACAUGAGAAGACAGCACAGUGACACAGGCUAAAAUGUAAAUGUUUAGAUCAGCCAACAAUUUUAAGUAAAAGGACUUGGUAACUUUUAUAAACUAAAUGCCUCUGGGAUGAUUUUAAAAGAAGACAGCUGUUUAAUUUUGAAGUCACUUAAAGCAAGUCAAUAAGCUUGCAAACAUUGUCAUUCCUAAGCCUGGUAUUAAAGGUUCCAGCCAAAGAAUGAAGCACAAAUCAUGUGAGGUCAAAUGAAUUUGGAAAAAGAAAAUGCAAGAUUCUGUUUAGGUCAUGAUAUCUCAGUACGGGAUGUCUCUGUAGAACUCUAAAGUUUCCAUUUGAGUCUGUCUUUGUUGUUUCUAUAGCAACUUCGCAUGCAUAGAUUCCUCUGCAAUCCUUGAAGUGUCUGGCUUCCAAAAGCAAGCUGUCGUUAUAUUUGUAACAUUAAUUCAAUUAUACUACAUAAGCGUGUAUAAUUGUAGAUAAAAUAUUUUAGUACAUAUUUCAAAAUCUAGUCAUACCAGACUCGACUCUAAAUAACUAGAUCAAUAAUCGGUUGUAGUUUUAAGAUUACAUAAUUAAGUGUUUGCCAUGUGCCAAAAAAAAAAAAAAAAAAAAAAAAAAAAGUGUUGCUGAUGAAGUAGCAAUAGAUUAGAUAUAGAUAUUUAACUAAACUAGCAAAAAUGACACCAGUAACAAAACUUUGGUUCAAACUGUCAUCGUCCAACUCAUCUUCUUGGAAAAUUUCAAUUUUAUUUUGUGGUCUGCAGGAAAACUUGUUGUAUUUGAGCAGGAUUUCUGUUUCACAUGCCUCAGUUUGAAGGCUUAGGCAGUACGUUAAUCACAGGUAACACAGCACAAUACUUAAAAAGCUGAACUUCAGAUUCUUGUAUUGCACACAGUGCCACCAGGUGGCCAAAUACUGUUACUACAGUGAGGAAAGGGAAAACAAAACAUUUUGUACAGCUUAAGGGAGGAGGCGGUUGCAGGAAACUCAGGUCUACAGCAAAUAAGUUUGAGUUCAAAAUAGAAAAUUCUCAUCCCAUCCUUUCAUUACUGCUUCUUUUUUUUGUACUAAACACUGUGAGUAUCACCCUGGUUCAUAGAUCACAUCGCAUUACUUGUGCAUCCAGUUGUAAAUACAUAUUUGCAGUUAUUACGUGACAGUUGUGUACGAUCCAAAAAUCAAGAUUUUUUUUAGGGACAUGGCCAGUAUUUCAUUGUAUUCCCACUGUAAUAAUAACUGUACAUUGACCCCCCCUGUCCGAUGUACUAUAAUAACUGUUAGCAAAAGAGAAGAAAAUAUUUUGAUAAGAGAUUUCUCAUUGCUCUAUUGUAUUACUGCUGUGAAACGAGGAGGGGAAGAAAGAGGAGGACAAAAUAAAUCAGUUACAGCUUUC